CAUGAUGCGUCAAUGCAAAUAAAAAUGCAUAGAUCAAAAAGCUACGGCAACCAUUGUGCCAAGCGAACAUCAAUGUCAAAUUCGUAGUCACUGUUGCAGAAAUUAUGCGGCAAAUUUUUGCAAUACACUUGAUAAUAGAAGUGUUAUAGGGUGGCAAUAGGAGGUAGGCGGAUGGCGCGAGUGGUCGUCGUCGCCUACCUUCUGGCGACCGCGCUACUGGCCAGGGUAUAUGGAGCGAGGUACGGCAGCGACUACUCACUGCACAUGCCCGCCUACGGGGACGAUGAACAGCCGUCGAUAGAUCGUGACGAGUACCGCGCGCAUUCACCCGACUACAAGUAUGAGGAGGACUUUAAGGGCAAAACUGAACAAUCUGCAGGUGGACAAAUAAAUGAAGCAGAGUCUUGGCGAAGGUCGAUCAGGAAACAAAGAAGGAAAGUCGAUGACGACUUUAUACUAAAUGAUGAAGAAAAAUUCGAGCCCGAUGAUGAUAUCCACAAAGCUAAAUCCGUAAUCCGAUUCACAAAACAUCGCCCUCGAUACAAAAGUCACAAAUUCGAUGAAAACGAUGACAGUCCUAGGUUUUUAAAGAGACGUGUUCGAGACAGAAGCAAUAUUGUGCCCGAGUUGUCAGACGAGAGAGAAAUUCGUGACGACAAAGACAAUUUUUUGGAUGAAAGCAAGAGUUUGGUCAAUAAAAAUAAACAAUUUACGUACCGGACUAAAAGCGUGAGAGCUCGCCGGCGGCCGAGGGAUAGGUUGGAGAGGCACAGACCAAGCGAUGACGACGAAAUUGAAAUGAGAGAGAUGGGUAAAGAGCGCAAUUUGGACAUAUGGCCGCAAUUGGAUCAAGAUCAGGAAAUCGCUGAACAGCGAAGACUCGACUUUGAGGGCGUUACACGCCCGCGCCUUUUAGCUCCUAUACGCCCUCUUGAACCACCGUCUGGCGAUGAGGAGCCAGCUUUGGUCCGCUCGUUUCAAGGCAAAAAUCAAGAAAGAAGCCAGUAUAAUGACAACUAUAGCGACUACUACGAUAUGAAGAGAGCCAUGAACGUCAAAAAUAAAUUGCCUUCCAUGCGGCGAACACAAGUGCGGCAGCAUCUGGUUCCUGGACCCUUGGCGCGAGCCUCCACCCAGUUGCUGGCCAACCGGCGUAUGCUACAGCCUUCUACUACCAGACCAUCUCGAGAGCCUACCACUAUCACGAGAACAGAAGCUGCCAGUACUACAGUAUAUAUCCUGCCUUCAACUAGCACGACGACCUUCGCGCCUACAGUUCAUGUCAAAAAAGACAUGAAUAAUAACACAAAAGAGUUGUCGCUUGCGGAGAAGUCUCGUUUGUCGAUCUUGAAAAAAGUUCAGAGAAAGGAGAGCGGUCGCAGCGAGUUGUCCACGAAGAAGCCGCCGGUGUUGCUUCAGGUGACGAAGAGGCUGCCGACGGUUGUGAUGGUUGAACCACCGUCCAGUCAGCAGCCUUGGAUGCGGGCUGUGGAGAUUCCGGAGGACUCGCCGCAGCGCCUGCAGAAGGUCAGGCAAUUGAUGCGCCAGAAACUGCUGGCGGAUGCACGCAAUAUCCGCGACCUUACCGACAAUUGGGACGAUGUGGUUUGCGACUACGUGGAUAUGUCACUUCUGGAUAACAAGGCGUGUAAAUUAUCUUCUCAAAUUAGGAGUGUUGCUCUGAUGCUGCUGUUUCUGCUCUUAUUAGUCCGAUAGUGCUUUCGGAAUGCAAUAUAUAAGUAUUUUUUUUAUAAAGUCAGUGUUUGUAUUUAUUGACUUCGUAUUCCAUGUAAUUGUAAGUUGUCA